AUGAUGCAGGCGCGGUUGACCUUGCAAAGGGUCAUGCGCGGAUGGAUGACGUCAGCAGCUGCUUGGACGUCGGCCCUUUCUGCGCGGACGCGAACCUCUCGGGCCAGAUCCUGGCGCUGUGCUGCGCCACGUGCACGGCGGGGCCCGCCCCAGAGCACGGCGCGGUCCACUGCCAGGAUCACUCGGAGUGUCCGCCCUCGGAGUUCUGCUACGACGGCACGUGCGACAGUUGCAGCCAGUGCCAGUUCUGCUCCGACUGCAACUACGCCGACGAGUGCGGGCACUGCGGCGCGGGGUUCCCGACGCAGGAGACAACCCCUUGCCACGCCCACGAGUACGUGCGAGGUCACCAGGGGCCCCGUCACGGUCACACACGCGUGGAAGAACAUGUCUUCGGAUCAGCAGCUACAUUUUCUCGAGGAGAAGUUCGGCGAGCUCGACAAGGAUAACUCUUCGUCCCUGGACGUGGACGAGCUCGUCGGCACCUUGACCGGACAGGACCUCGUCGCGCUCGAGGGCGCCAGCGAUCACAUCAAUGUCCCUUUUGACAGCGUCAUACUUUCCAGGGCCUCGGUGCAGGAGUUUGUCGAGAAGCACAGUGCCAGCGGCAGCGGCUUCCUGACCCUCGAUGAGUGGCUCGCCACAACUCCGCAGACGGAACCGGCUGCCCGAGCGAAGGCCUUGCGCGGGCCCUCCUGCUCCUUCGAGGAGAUCUUCUCGCUCCCCAGCACUUGCACGGAGACGCAGUGGGUAGACAACUGCGGGAACACCUGCAGCGACAGUUGCACCAAGUGCGCACGAAUGGCGCACUCGAGCUCGAGCUCCGCUGCUCCCAUCGACCAGAAUUCGAGCUCCGUCGCGCGAGCGUCCCAAGAGCUUGAGUUCUGGGGCGGGCGGCGCCGGCGUCGUUGGUUCAGCGCCGUCACGGAUGUGGUCAACACGGUCGUCGACUUCGCUGCGUGCACCGUGAGUUGCGUGACGAAUUGCGUGUGGACAUGUUUUACGGAGGCAGUGGAGUACGUGUACCAUUGCGUGGUCGACACUGUGGUGACAACGCUCAUGGGUUUCGGAGAGUGUCUGUCAACGGUGAUCAACGCUGUCCACGACGCGGUCGGUGACGCAUGCGGUUUCGAUCUCAUCCCCACAGGGUGUUCAGGCGUCUUUGAUUGUAUCGCAGAGGGCGCGAGCAAUGCCCUCUCACUGUUCGAGUGCGGGUUUUCUGUUCUGUUGGAUAUACUCGAGAACAUGGUCAUGGCAAAUCUUCGCUGCCUGCCGAACCUCGCCGACGGGCUUAGGGCGGCCCUAUUUCCUCCGGAGGCUAUAAUUGUCACGACGGUUUUCGAGGCAUUGUGGAAUUUCGGUGAGCGGGUCGUGAACGGGAUCUACGAAGAAGCUUCGUCCGUAAGCAUCGACUUCUGCUGGAACUCGGCCCCCACUGCCGAAUUCACUGACUGUGGCGCCUUCGAUUUCGUCAGCAGUAUGACUAUAUGGGACGUGUUCGACGUGUUCGGGAUGGCCGCGCGUUUUUCAGAAACUGUGACGAAGUUUACGAACUGCUUGACGAAGUUUACAAGCUUGCCGGGGGUAUCCUUCGGCAUCCCGACCCCCUUUCUGAACGUUGAUUGGACAGGAGGCUCAUGGUGUGCGCCAAGCUUCGUUCAAACAGCAGCCAAAGGAGUCAUUGGCGUGUUCAAGUACGUAUCUUCAGGACGGAUGCUCGAUGACCUCAUCACUGUAGGUGACAAUCUCCUCACCAAUCUUCAGACGAGAUUGGAAGCAGUGUUCUGUGACGAAGGCGACUUCACCAUCACUUUGGGCGUCGACCUCCAGUUCGGAUACGCAGUGCUUGGAAUCAAGGCUCAGGCUGGAUGCCUCAAUGGAAGAUUCGCCGCCAAGAUUGUCGGCUUUGCCACAGGCAGAAUUUCCAUCUUCGGUUCGCCGUACUCGUGGGAACCACUUGCCAGUGCGUUCUUCAGUAUUGGUUGCACGGCGGGGCCCUCAAGCACGGAGUGGUCGUAUUGGUCGUCGUCUCUGAACGGCAUCCUCGCGUUCGAUAUUGUCGCGGGGGUGGUUUCUCUGCCUCUCUAUCCAGAGCCGAAGCUCGAGUUUGGCUACGAGUUCGCGAUCACACUCUGGCCCCAACCAUCCCCGCCCCCACGCCUGUCGGAGGGGGAGUUCAACAAGACAUCCCUGCUGCCGGCGCUGCGCCUCCUGUCCAGGGCAACCUCCGAGCCCAGUUUCGGUGAAGACGUCAAGAGCAAGUUCCCAGACCCCAAGCCUAUCCUCGAGGGAGCCCGCAACGGGUCGCUCCAGAGGACCAGCACGAACAAGAGUGCAGGUGACCUCGCCGCCAGGAUCGCCAUCUCCGUCUCGAAGAACUUCUGUUUUACGUGCGAUGGUUUUGGGUCGGAGCCUGCCUGGGUCACGGGCCUGUCCAACAUGGCCCAGCAGUUCAGCUGCAGUGUGGGCCAGGCGAUGGCGGGAGCCUCUUGGGGUGCCGUGAGUCUUGCCCAGUGUUUUGCGAGAGUGGCAGACUGGGAGGCGGCCGGGAACUACUGCGAGUACUUGUAUUCCGACUCGCCGAGCAACGGCGGCUUGGGGAGCACCUGCGCUUGCAUGCCGCCGGAUGCGAUGAGUUCGGGGGUCUGCCGUGCCCAGGCUGGAAGCAGGGUCAGCGAGGGGUCGACGGCGUUCGUGACUUACCGGCAUCAGAUGCUGACUUGCGAGACUGGGGCCGGGGCGGCCUGCAGGACUUGUACCUCGCCGCAGGAGCGAGUAGUGAGAGACCAAUGUGAGACUUGCAACGACGGCCACAUCCUGGUCGGCUACACGUGCUCGGCCUUCACGCCCUCUCCGACGCCAAGCCCGACGUCGUAUCCGACGCCAAGCCCGACGCCAAGCCCGACGCCAAGCCCCACGCCACUGCCACCCGGCAACACGCACUCUCCGACGUCAAGCCCGACGCCAGAGCCGACAUUGCACCCGACGCCAAAGCCUACACCAAGCCCGACUGGGUAUCCGACGCCAAGCCCGACGGCCUAUCCGACGCCACACCCGACGCCACACCCGACGCCUGCUCUGGGGGGAAAUUCAUGGGUGCAGUUGUUGGACAAUUUCGAAUACUACGGCGUCGCCAUGCCUUCAUAUGUUGCCCCUAUGGCGUACGGGUCGUUCACACAGUUGCAAGCAACUUACGUGGGUGGAGCUGGCAUCUGGUGCGAUACAAAAAGGUCUGGCGGCACCGUGUGGCAACAGUGCUGCUGUGGGUACAGUGGGUCCUUCGAGUUCAUGAAGAAUGGAGGGUACAUUUUGUCACAAAGCCAGUGGGGUACGCUGCCGUCCCAAUGCUCAGUGUCUGGGCACACAGUUACUUGCAAUGUCAACUUUGACUUGUCGCUCGGCGAUACGAUUCUGGCCACUUGGUACGAGCCUUCCCGGUCAACAUCGCUCGGAGACAAUGGCGGCAGCAUCGUGGUGGACGUGUACGGGUAUGGAUCCACAUCGCAAGGUUGGUCUAAAUUUUACCAGAUCCAGGAUGGCGACAGGGGGUCCUAUUCCUUCCCCCUGACAACCGGAGCUUACGGAAACAUUUAUUCGUCGAUCGGCUCAAGUAAUGCAAAGUUGUCCGAUGCUGCUAUCAAUUCAAUGGCGUUGGCCAGAGAUGGCUACUCGCACGUGUACGCAAUCAAAAGCUCCGAUUGCUCUUCGUACCUAUAUGUCAGGUCGAACGACGCGUACGUUGACACAUCGGCAUCGUUCGGCCUUACCCAGGGCAAUACCCGUGUUGGGCUUGGGACCUCGUACGAGUCGGUGUCGACCUGGGCCACUCUACGUUCCACAAGCCACGGCAUAGACUUACUCUACACAAGCCCAAAUCUUGGUGGGGAGUCGUGCUGUCGUUACUUCUUCGGACAUGGACAGAUCGAUUGUUGGGCCGGCCCUUCGGGCUACCGCUGCGUCAACGGUGGGUCCUCGUGCUCCAGUUAUAAGAAGUUGGAAGAUGUAGUGUUUUACAUAUGGGCAGACACUGCAACAUACAGCCCCACAUCCUACCCGACUCCCCGCCCAACGUUCUUCCCGACGGCCUACCCGACGCCAGACCCGACGCCCCAGCCGACGCUAGAGCCGACGCCCUACCCGACGAAGGUCCCAACGCCAAACCCGACGCACAUCCCGACUCCAAGCCCGACGCUGAACCCGACGCCGCUUCCGACGCCAAGCCCGACGGGGAGCCCGACGGCGAGCCCGACGCCAAGCCCGACGGCAUAUCCAACGCCAAGCCCGACCCCAAUCCCGACGCCAAGCCCGACGCGGACCCCGACGUCUGCGCCCACCUACCCACCGCUUGGGGAUCUUGCAUCAUCUGGCACUUGCAGCUGCUCCAGCCCCCCAUGCGGCUGCAAUUGCUGGGAUUGCACACAAGAGCGUCAAGCUGCUGGAUGCUGCAGCUGCGGGAACGCUUCGAGUUGCGGUUAUGCAGAUACGGGUUCUUCGAUAUGCGACGGUUGCAAUGGUUGUUGGCGCAAUGGCAAGUGUGGCUGCAGUACAGAUUCGGCUACUUGGCCCUACUAUGAGGUAUUCGGUCUCACGUGCUCGAGUGAGACAGGCAGCUACCUGUCCUACUACUACGUGUCACCGACGCCAGAUCCGACGCCAAGCCCAACGCCAAGCCCGACUCCACUGCCACCUGGCGUCACGCUGUCUCCGACCCCAAGCCCGACGCCAAGCCCGACGCCAAGCCCGACGCUCUCGGAAGCGCAGCGAACCUGUGGUUGUGCGAGCCCACCCUGCGGUUGCAAUUGUUGGGAUUGCACAGAAGCGCGUAAAGCUGCUGGAUGUUGCAGCUGCGAUGAUGGUUGUGGCUACUUCGAUCUUGAAGGUUCUGUUUGCAACGGGUGCACUGGUUGUUGGCACGACGGCCAAUGUGGAUGCAGCAAUGAAUCGUCGACCUGGCUCUUCUAUCGAGCUUUCGGUCUCACGUGCUCGAACGAAUCAGGUAGCUACCUGUCGUAUCACGCAAAGGUUACCGGCGAGUAUACCUCGGUGGAAAUUCUUCCAGAUGGCGUGACUGCGGAGGACCUCAUGCAUUCCGCUCCCUAUGUCGCCGCCAAGAAGACGGGUUUGGCUGCCGCUCUCAACGUGACCGCUUCCGACGUAAACAUCACGGGCUUCACCAUCACGGACCUCUCCGAUCGUCGGUUCACCCCUCUUGCCCGCCAGUCGUCGGCCCUCGUCGCUGUGACGACGAGCUUCACUGUGGCCAUCGCUGGCAUGAACAGUGCCGACUCCCUGUCCGCUGCACUCGCCGCCGCCGGGAACGCCACCGAGGCCGAGACCAACGCCGCUCUGGCGGCGGCGGACUGGAGCGGCGAGCCUGUCCUCACCGCGCCCCCCGUGCUGUCGGGCACCGCCAUGGGCGCCGCGGCCUCGACCGCGGGCGUCACCAGCGCCCCCACGCCGGUGCCCGUGGUCAUCGGGGCCAGCAUGGGCGCCGUGGCGGGCACCGGAGACCCGCACCUGCAGAACAUCUACGGCGAGCGCUUCGACCUCAUGCAGGCCGGCAGGCACGUCCUGGUCCACAUCCCCAGGGGCGCGCGCAGCGAGGGCACCCUGCUCCGCGUCGACGCGCAGGCGGAGAGGCUCGGCGAGCUGUGCGCGGACAUGUACUUCCAGGAGCUGAACAUCACGGGCAAGUGGGUGGAGGCGCAUCAGGCUGGCGGUCUCCAGUACCGUGCGGCGGACGCUGUCGCCGGUGAUCCCAAGUGGAUGCAGUUCGGCAAGGCGGACAUAAAAGUCAAGCAUGGGCACACGCUGCAGGGCAUCCGCUAUCUGAACGUCUACGUGAGGCACCUGGACCGCACCGGCUUCUCGGUCGGCGGGCUGCUCGGAGAGGACGACCACAGCCUCGCGGUGACCCCUCCCAAGGACUGCAGGCACCUCCAGCUCAGCCUCUGA